CACAACAGCAGCAACAAUAAUAACAAAUACAAACAGCAAUUUAUUUAUUUAAAGAUAUACGUAUACAUUUUUUGCAUUGCCAAAGCAGACGAUCGGGCCAAAAUGAGUCACCAGCAACAACAAGAGCAGCAACAGCACCAACAACAACAGCAACAAGAACAGCAGCAGCAACAGCAACAGCCAAAAAUGUUCCCAAAGUGCUCAUAAAUAUUAUGCUAGAAAUUGUUAAACAUUUACUGUCUCUACCCCACUCACUCAACGUGUCUCUCUUUCUUUUCGUCUCUCUCGUGUCGCGUCUCUCUGUUGCUGUCCCUCAAAAUGCUACGAAAUUAUCGAAAGUAUUUGCAGGAUAAACGAAAAUACGAUAAGGCACAGCGACGACGCAGCGACGGCAACAUUUGCCAGCAAUAGACAGAGAAAAGCAGAGACAGCAGCAACAGAUCGCCAAGCAGCAGCAACUAGCAGCAGCAGCAGCAGCAGCAGCAGCACCAGCAGCAGCAACAACUACGAUAAGCGAUAGACAGCCAUCGAUAGUUGAUUUGUAAAUAAAGCUAGGGCAACAGCAACAACAACUUUGGAGGACGCCAUGUAUGCGCAACAUGUGCGCAAAUGGAGUCUAAAAACGCAACCGCAACUAAUGCCAUUGAUAUCGCUAGCAAUCUACGUCAGCUACAUGUUGCUAUUGAUCACAUGUGUGCCGACGACAACAGCAGCUGCAGCGGCAGCAGCCACAGCAACAGCAAUCGCAAGCCAACGCCAGCAGCAACAGCAAAGAUCAUGGGAAUCAGAAGAAAGCAGCUACUACAUUGCGCUGCCACAGCAGCAGCAGCAGCAGCAGCAACAGCAGCGGCAGCAAGAGCUGCAACAGCUGGCGGACAAUGGCAGCGGGAGCAGUGAAAGCGUCGGCAGCAACAUCGACAACAACAACAAUAUCUUAAGUAGGCUGCUCAGCCGGCCCAGCAAUAGUCUUAGUAGCACUAGCAACAUUAAGUUAAGGCCAGCAACAGUAUUCGACGCAGGCAGCGUUAGCAAUGCGGCUGUACAGCAACAACGGCAGCAACAUAUUGCUGCGGUGACAACGCAGCAGCAGCAGUCACAUCAACAAGUUCCAAAUACGCUAAUAAAUAGUCAAAAAUAUAAAUUAUUAAACAAUGGCAUCUCGUCGAGUAGUAAAACGCGACGACAUGCACUCCAGCAGCAACAGCAGCAGCAGUUGCAGCAGCAGCAACAACAGUUACAGCAACAGCAGCAGCUGCAGCAACAUCAGCAGUUGCAGCCUAACAGCCAUGCGCGGCAACUGCAGCUGCAACAGCAAAAUGUUGCCGCCUUUAACUUUAGCAGCAGAAUAACAGCAGCAGCGCAAAUGUAUUUUAUUGAGUCCUAUGAAGUGCCAGCGAGCAGCCAGGAGCAGGCGGCGCGCAGUCGUCGCGACUUUGGCAAUGGCCAGCGGAAAUAUCACGGCCAUCGGCAGCAGCAGCAGGAGGCAAAGCGCGAGUAUCGCCGCCAACGGCAGCAGCAGCGUCAACAGCAGCAGCAGCGUCAACAGCAACUACAGCAGCGACAGCACCAGCAGCAACAGCAGCAGCAAUACCAGCAGCAACAUCAACACCAGCAGCGACGAAAACAUCCGCGAAAGCAUCGGAAUAAGCUGCGAACGGGUCGCUAUUGUUCCGCUCAGGAUCCCGCUCAGCUGGCGUUUGCGGCGCCCACAGUGAUCAUGGGCGUGUUCAUCUCGAGGACGGCCAAUCGGCCGGCCAACUUCUCGGCCACAAUGAAGGUGUUGCAGGUGUUCAAGCAGCAGCGGGACUUGCAGCUGCCGCAGCUCGUUCGGUUUCAGUUCGCGCAGCGCAACGGAAGCGGCGAGUGCGACAUCUACAGCGAACGGCUGCAGGUGCGCGGCCUGAUCCACUUCAACCUGGAGCAAUCCUCCGACAUACGCUACAUCAUGUUUGUCCAGCAAACGAAUCCCGGCAACUUCUCCAUACUGGGCCAGCCCAUCCGAGCGACGGCGCCAGUGCUCAAGUCAGUCCAAGCAGCUGUGAGCGAAAAUUAUGCACAGAACGCAUCGAUCAUAUCGAUAACAACUGAGCCAAAUAAUGCGACAAUAGCUAAAAACGCGAGGCUGCGCAUCACAUGCAAAGUGGAGGGCCAGCCGCCCCCGAAGGUGACCUGGUUCAAGGACGACAAGUCAAUAAAUGGCAAACACCAAGUUUAUAAAUUCAAGCAUCACAAAAGACGUUCCCAGCUGAUUGUGCCCCACUUUAACAGCUCCAUCCAUGCGGGGAAAUACGAAUGCCGUGCCAAGAACAAAGUUAGCAAUACGAUCGACAAGCGACGCAUCAUGAUCAAUGCCCAUCCAGUUCCAUUUCGAUCGGAUUAUCACAACCAGGGAAAACCAUGUGAUGAAAAUUAUUGCUUUCAUGGCGGCAGCUGCAGAUUCAUAUUGGAAAUAAAUAUGUUAUAUUGCAAUUGCGCGGAUGGAUACCAUGGGGAGCGCUGCGAGUACGCUGAUCCCGACAGUACGUACAUCAAUUAUCCCAAAUGUGGCAACGAGUAUUAUGGAGGGUUCGACUUACAAUAUGGCCUUUGGCAACAAUCAAAGCAACCGCUGGAUGAGAAGCAAUGCGAAAUAAGCUCUAAUGUCAUGCAAAAAGUCAUUUUUGUAGCAAACAUGGAUCUCAUGAUUAAAAAUAAUUUAAAUAUGGCUAAUAAAAUACAUAUAUUUGUUGCAAGAAUAACGCUGGCUAUGAAUUUUAUUUUUGAAUUAUCUUUAAAUUGCGCCAAAAGCUUGGUAUUAAAUUCGAUAUUUUCGGUACCAGUUAAACUUAUCGACUAGGUCUAAUCGUUCGCCUUUUUAUCGUGCUUAUGAGCUGCUAAACAAUGAUGAUGCAUGACUGAUUCAUUCAAGAACGAAAUUGUUGCCAAUACAAUAAAAUCAUUUGAUAUCUCUUAAUAUAAUAUAGUGGCUAUUAAAUUUGAUUUUAAUUCUAGUUUUAUUGGUGAUAAAAAUGUAGCGUUUUCAAAUAUCAAGUGUACUUUUGGUAUUUUUUUGACAACUGUUUCAUAUAUAUCGAACUAUCGAACUAGUUAAACGUGUCGCUUCGUGACUGAUUCUGUGAACCCUGCUAGUUAGUUCAAGAACGAACUGUGAAGAGAUCUUCAAAAAAUAGCGGCUAAAAUAUAAUAAAAAGUUAGAUAUUGUCAAUUUCAAUAAAGAUCGCUGGCCAAGAUGUCAACAGCUCAAGCAACGAAGAACUGUAUCACGCUCAAAGGCUCAGCCCAAAUAAUUGUCGAA